UGGCUGAGGGGAGCGGCGCGGUGCGGCCAUCCCGCCGCCGGGGCUGAGGGCGGGGGCCGCGCCCGCCGCCUGCGCCGCACGAUCGGCCCUGCCGGUGCGCCCGGCGGGUGCGGGGGGGUGGCGCGGUCGGCCGAGGGCCGCUCGGUUCCCCGCUUCCCUCCGCCGGAGUCCCGGGGACGGGCUGGGCGUGCGGGGCGGCGGGUCGUGUCCCGCAGCGGCGUCUGCUGGAGCUGUUGGUCUCGGUCGGGAAAGGGGAGGUGGGCUCCCCAUGCCUCCUCCUCGUCCGCCGGCUUCCAGCGCUGGUCUUUAGUGCGGGGCUGAGCGCGUUAAAUAACACCGGGCUAAAUACGCGAUUUGGGUCUGCGCCGGGGUCCGUUCGGAGGAGCGUGAGGUCCCUCAGCAGGGAUUUUAAAAUCGGAGUCUCCAGCAAUUUCGUCGGUGUCCUGUGGUGUGCUACUGAAUUGCAGCGAUGGAACGGGGUCCUGUAAUCUCUUAACGAGUUGCAGUGAUGGAUCGUGUCCGUCGGCGAGCGGCUGGACGGCGGAGCGGACCCUGUCCCUUCAGAGGUGGCCGCGGUCACCCGGCGUUUGGCUGCGGCUGUCCGGCGGGACCCUAGGGCAGUUGCGACUUCGGCGUCGGAGUAACCGCUGUUGAAACAAGCCGUGGCGCUGUACUGUGCCGGGUUUAGUUGAAACGGAUGAUGCAAGUAUGGACAUAAUAGCCUAUGAUGAUUACUCCAGUCCACCGCUUCAGAGAUAUUGAAAGGAAACCUGAAUACCUCCAGCCAGAAAAGUGUGUUCCACCUCCUAGCCGCGCUUCCCUGGGAACAAUGUGGUUUAUUCGAGAUGGCUGUGGUAUUGCAUGUGCUGUCGUUACCUGGAUGCUGGUGUUCUAUGCCGACUUUGUAGUCCUUCUUGUCAUGCUAGUUCCAUCGAGAGAUUAUGUUUAUAGUGUCAUCAAUGGCACACUGUUCAACACCUUGGCAUUCCUCGCUUUGGCUUCACAUUUUCGUGCUAUGCUGACAGAUCCAGGUGCUGUACCCAAAGGUAAUGCCACAAAGGAGUUCAUCGAGAGUUUACAGCUAAAGCCAGGACAGGUGGUUUACAAGUGCCCAAAGUGUUGUAGCAUCAAACCUGACAGAGCACAUCACUGCAGUGUUUGCAAGAGGUGUAUUCGGAAAAUGGACCAUCACUGCCCAUGGGUCAAUAACUGUGUAGGAGAGAAUAACCAGAAGUACUUUGUACUGUUUACAAUGUAUAUAGCACUGAUUUCCCUGCAUGCUCUAAUCAUGGUGGGGUUUCAUUUCUUGUAUUGCUUUGAAGAAGACUGGACAAAAUGCAGUUCCUUCUCUCCGCCAACUACAGUGAUUCUUCUCAUCCUCUUGUGUUUUGAGGCUCUCCUAUUUCUCAUCUUCACCUCAGUUAUGUUUGGGACCCAAGUACACUCCAUCUGCACUGAUGAAACGGGUAUUGAGCGUCUUAAAAAUCAGAAGCCAAGCUGGGAGAAAAUAAGUGGCUGGGAAGGAAUGAAGCUGGCAUUCGGUGGUGCUUUCUCCUUGGGUUGGUUCAGUCCCUUUUCGAAUCUGAACUGCGAGAGCCCAGCGCCGGCUGAAGCGGCAGCAGCUCCUGCAUCUGCAAUAAUGACCCAAGAAGAAAUUGAGCAGUUUCUCGCUCAAGACGUUGCCGUCCAAGUGUUACAUGAAUAAGCAAAGCAUCCACCAAGAUGUCAAAAGCAGCUUUCAGGUGUUUUUGGUUUUUUUAAUAACUACUUGUGCUGGAGACUUAAGGGGUUGUUCUUUAACAUACUUUUGGUGCAUUAAAAAAUUCAGGAGUAUUUAUCUGGAAGCCAGGUACAGCACUUGCAGAAGCAAUGCAAAUCUCCAGGGAAAGCUUUGUAAGUGAUGAGAUUCAUCAGCUCAUUUUCAGACUUGUGACAACUGCUUUCCUGAGCUUUACUUGGCCUUUUAAGGAAAGUUUAUAAUUGUCAGAUAGAUUGGUCCCAGCUCCCAGAAAUGUGCAGUCCUAAGGAGCCUGACUAAUCUUUUGUUCUUACACCCUUUUUGGGGGGCUAAAUGAUAAGCCCUGCGCAAUGGCCAGAUAAGCCCAGCUCUAAAGGUUUUCUUGAAAAACACAUCCUUUUGAGCUCAUCCCAUGGAUGCUGCCUCUGGAUUAUGAAAACUGCUGGUGCUCAGGUCUUAGCAGAGGUGGGAUACCGACGCAGCAGAUGGGCGAGCUACAAAACAUCUCCAGGCGUAAAUCUUAACCAUCUGUGCUCGUGGGGCUGCGCAAGACAUGCUGCUUAGCUGAGCAGUGUUGGAGCUGGUGGCGGUGCCGGGCCGGUGGGGCCGUUCACCUGUGGCCAGUGCAGCAGAGAGCAGGCAAACACUGGCCGGGUUGUCAAGCUGCUGGUGGGGGAGGCUUUUGCCCAGGGGCUGCGGUUCGUUAGCAGGUAGGACGUGUGGAGUGGGAGCUGCCUGGCCAAACUGCAGCCCAGAAAGCACACAGCUGGUCUAGGCGAGGCACUGAGGCUGUUUCUGUGGUCAAAGAGAGGGAGGCGUUUAACACUGCCCUGUUAGUACUUGCCAUUAUGCAGGGUUUCAUUACACUAAUUUUGCAGCCAGCUCCUGGUGAAUGUUGGUGAACAUGUUGAAGGAACAUGCAUUGCUCAAGGAAGGCGUUACUGCAGGUGGAAAUCGUUGCAGCAAAGUCAUGCAAAGGUGACGCUAGCCGCUGCGUUCAGACACAGGAGAAACACUUGGCAUGUUCCAGAUGUCAGUUAGUGUAGCUUUAAUUUAGACUGGUUUUCAAUUGGGUUUAUUUUUAAUGUCUUGUCAUCUCCAUUAGCUUAAUUGUCAGUAAAUUUUGCAGGAUAUAGAGAUGUGCUCCUGGUUUUGCCUCGCAGGAGAUGCUUGACUUUGUCUCCCCCUCUCCUGUAAUGUGGACCAAAGAGAAUUGCUUCUUCUCAAAAGUAAGAGAAAGGAGUUUUGGGGAUGAAAGCAUGGUAUUGUGAAAGACCUAGGUGAAGUUUUUAUUAUUUAUAGAAGCAAUGCCAAAUGGAGUUUGUGCAAGAUGUUUUUCUUUUCCCCCAAAAAAAGCAUCUGAAUAUCUAUUAAUGGUGUGACAUUCAGGGCUACUGUGGAGGGAUGAGAUUCUCUCCUGGACUUGUCCUCUGCUACAGCAGUCCCUUUUUCUGGCAAAGGGUCUGGGAACAAACCAAGUGCCGUGGUUGUUAGGAGCACAGCUUGGCUAAAACCCAGUGGGUAUUCCCAAACAGUCAUCCCAUCCCCUAUCCCCUCUGGAUGUCUCCUUUUUUUCAAUGGAAAAUAGAUUUAGAAAAUAAAUCAUUAGGACAUGUGUAUUUAUAAAAACCUUUUUGGCAAAGGGAAACACCCUGCACUUGGGGGGAGUUGAGAUGUCCUCUCACAUCAUUUAGAUGUGAGGUCUUGAAUGUCAUUGCUUUGUGCAGCAGUGUGAUAGUGAGGGAAGAAGCUUUCCUGCUCCUGUAGCAGCCCACGUUCCUCUCUUGCAACUUCCCACAGGAAAGGGACACCAGGGACAUAAGCAGAUCUAUAAGGGAUUUCCUAUAGGGAGCAAUAGGGGUGUUGAAGGAGGAAAAGUAAGAGUGCCCUUUUUAGCUCAUGUUUUGCUGCUCAGCCUCUGUAUCCAGUUAAUGUCCUUGUCUCCAGUGCCGCAUCUGCAGAGUGGGAAUGGUGCUACAGGGUCCUGGGGGGAGAAACUGGUUGAUGGUUGAAAGUUGCCUUGAGGCAAGUGCAUGGAGAUGUCAGCCUGGGUAAGACCCCCUUGCCCUGUGUUGUGGUGAUGCUUCAAAAUAUCAAAACUUGGAACAUCAAAAAUGAUCCGAGGGCUGGCGCACCUCUCCUGCAAGGACAGGCUGAGAGAGUUGGGGUUGUUCAGCCUGGAGAAGAGAAGGAUGUGGGGAGACCUUAUUGCAGCCUUUCAGUGCUUAAAGGAGGACUGUAGGAAGGAUGGGGGCAACCACUUUAGCAAGGCUGUUGUGACAGGACAAGGGGUAAUGGUUUUAAACUAAAGGAGGGUAGAUUUAGACUGGAUAUAAGGAAGAAAUUUUUUACUAUGAGGGUGGUGAAACAGUGGCACAGGUUGCCCAGAGAGGUUGUGGAGGCCCCAUCCCUAGAAACAUUCAAGGUCAGGUUGGACGGGGCUCUGAGCAACCUGAUCUAGCUGAAGAUGUCCUUGCUCACUGCAGGGGGGUCAGAGUAGAUGGCCUCUAAAGGUCCCUUCCAACCCAAACCAUUCUGUGAUUCUAUGGUUCUUGGGACACGGACCCCACUUGUGUGGCUUUGGGUAGGUGCAGAUGGAGGCAGUGUAUUUCCUCCACCACUCUCAAACCUGGUUCACCUCAUCAUGAGGACAGGCGUCCUUCACUUCUGUUGCCCACCACUCAUGUUGUUCUUCAGGUGCAGGCAUUUCUAGGCUUUUUUUCUUUUUUUUAAUAGCUGAAAUGGAAAAGCAGUGUGAAGAGGGGGGUGAGAGCCAGAACAGCCAUCUCUACUCCUCCCGCAGCACAGUUAUAGUAUGAGUGAGAGACUGGGACAUGUCCCUGUGCACUAUACAGACCCAUUCCAGCUCAGCCCUGGCUCUGGUGCCCCCAGGACCUGGUGGGGUGACUUCCUAUGUCCGGCGAAUUGGUUGUUCUGGUGUCUCUUGGCUAUCAGUCUCCCUUGUCCCCCUCCCCUGCAAAGUGCCAGUACCCCUCUCUGUCUCCAUAUAGUGUGUCAGCUGUCAGAAAUUUUAAAAGUCUUCAUAAGUUGGAAAAAUCUAUUUUAUCCACAGCUGUGGCAUAAACCUCCUUCUUUAAUGACUACCUGGUAGCUUGAGACCAAAUGUGAUUUUCAUGAAAUUGAAACCAAACCCACAAUUUUCCUUCCUUUCCCUCUGUGCACUCCUUGCCCCUUGUUAAAUCAUGCCCCUGUCUUCAGGCUGUGCUGCUCUGGUCCUAGCUGGCUUGCUGGGCCCUGGGGAAGGUGCUCCUAGAGAGCACUUUCUGCAGUCUGCUGGAGAUCCCAUCGCUGCUCCGGUGCAAGGUGUUAAUACAUGAUGGACAAGGUCGUGGCAGAUGUGGAAACUGUUCUUCUACUUCUUAUCUGGUGUCUUUUGCAGGAGGUUUUCUAUGCAAGUAAAGAAUUUACGUCUCUUGAAAAUAUAUAUGUUUUGCUGUUUGUAACUCCUUUUUAUGCCUCUGGUCACUAUUGUACUUAUUAAAGAACUAAUACUUUAUCUGCCAAA